AUGGCACCGAAGAUGGAGUACGUGCGUCUCGGCAACUCGGGCCUGAAGGUGUCUAGGCUCAUCUUGGGCUGCAUGUCGUACGGCGACCCCGGCUGGCAGAGCUGGGUGCUCGGCGAGGAGGCGGGCGUCGAGCACAUCAAGUUCGCAUACGAGCACGGGAUAACGACGUUCGACACUGCAAACGUAUACUCGAACGGGUUCUCGGAGGUCGUACUCGGCCGCGCAAUCAAACAGCUCAACCUCCCGCGCGAAGAGCUCGUGUUCUUCCCGGUCGCCGCCGAAUACAGCACGCCCAACGGCACCGCCGCAGACAGCAGGAUUGUUAACCGGAAAGGGCUGAGCCGCAAGCACAUCUUCGACUCGGUCAAGGCGAGCCUAGCGCGCCUGCAGAUGGAGUAUGUGGACGUGCUGCAGUGCCACCGGUUUGAUGCGGAGACGCCGAUCGCGGAGACCAUGCAGGCGAUACACGAUGUGGUGAAGGCGGGGUACGCGCGGUAUAUCGGCAUGAGCUCCUGCUUCGCCUACCAAUUCAUCCAGAUGCAGAACUACGCGCUCACGCACCACCUCACGCCGUUCAUCUCGAUGCAGAACCACUACGCGCUCCUCUACCGCGAGGACGAGCGCGAGCUGCUCCCCGCGCUGCAGAUGCUCGGCGUCGGCUCGAUCCCGUGGGCGCCGCUCGCGCGCGGGCUGCUCGCGCGGCCGAACGCCGCGUCGUCUGCGCGCGGGGACAGUGAUCCGUCCCUUCGCGGAUACAAGACGCCCGCGAACGCGCAGAUCGUCGACCGCGUGGAAGAGCUCGCAGCUCAGAAAGGCGUGAAGAUGGCGCAAAUCGCGCUCGCGUGGGUGCUCGCGAAGCCCGGCGUCGCUGCGCCCAUCGUCGGCACGACCAGCCUCGCGUCCCUCGCGGAGCUCCUCGGCGCGCUGGAGGUGACGCUGAGUGCGGAGGAGGUGCGGUAUUUGGAGGAGCCGUAUGCGCCGAUGAGUCCGAAGAGGUGCAUUACGCCACUAGAAUCGCUACAGGAGGCGGUGGAGUGA